CUUGAUAACAGGAAAUAGAAAACGCCGAUAACACACUUCCACUGUCUAUGUUGAAACCUCAGCCCAGCCCAAAGAGGCUACUCUUCUGGUGAAGUUACCUUCUAGAUGACAUGGGGCUUUCCGUGGAAAAGCACAGUAUCUUCUUGCUAUCACUAAUUAUUGUGUUGUCAGGGACGCAUCAGUGGGUGGAAGCACAGCACUGUGUGUGGUAUGGCGAGUGCGGGCAGUCCAUGGCUGUUCCAGAGAAGAAGUACAACUGCAACUACACUGGCCCCGCCAUUCCCCUACCAGAGGAAGGCCACCCGCUGCUAAGGGAGUUGUGUCCAGGCUUUGACUAUGAGAACCGGAGUGUGUGCUGUGACGUUCAGCAGCUGCGGACACUGAAGGCCAGCCUGCAGGUGCCUCUGCAGUUUCUCUCCAGGUGUCCAGCAUGCUUCCAGAAUCUGAUGAACUUCUUCUGUGAGCUCACGUGCAGUCCCAGACAGAGUGACUUCCUCAACGGCACGGGCUUCAACGGCACCAACGUGGUCACGGUCUCCUACUACAUUGGCCUGACCUUCGCCAAUGCUAUGUACAAUGCGUGCCGGGAUGUGCAGGCUCCUUCCAGCAACGUGAAGGCCCUCUCUCUGCUCUGCGGGAAGGAAGCCAGUGAGUGCACCCCCACCAACUGGAUCCAGUACAUGUUUAACAUCGAAAAUGGACAGACUCCCUUCGCCAUUGACCCUGUUUUGUCAGACACCCCCACAGCUGGCAUGAACCCCAUGAACAACCGCACGUUCGCCUGCACCGAGGGCCUGGACGACGGCUCGGGGUCCUGCUCCUGCCAGGACUGCAGCCAGGCCUGCGGCCCCACACCCGUGCCCCCGCCGCUGCCCCCUCCCUGGACCAUCCUGGGCCUGGACGCCAUGAACGUCAUCAUGUGGAUCUCCUACAGCGUCUUCCUCCUGGUCUUCAUCGGAGGUGUGCUGGGAGCCUGGUGCUACAGGAAAAGGACCAUCAUGUCAGAGUAUGGCCCCAUCCUUGGCAGCAACAAUCCUCAUUCACUCAACAGCGAUGCCGGGGAUUUAGCGUCGGAGGCGUCGUGCGGCGAGACUCUGGGCGAGCGCUUCGAGAACGCCCUGCGGCUGGCCUUCACGCGCUGGGGCUCCCUCUGCGUGGAGCGGCCGCUGCCGGUGAUGCUGUGCGGCCUGGUGCUGGUGUCGGCCUGCUCGGCCGGGCUCUACCACAUGCGCAUCACCACCGACCCCGUGGAGCUGUGGUCGUCGCCGGGCAGCCAGGCGCGCCAGGAGAAGGACUACUUCGACACCCACUUUGGGCCCUUCUUCCGCACCGAGCAGCUCAUCAUCACCACCUCGCUGCCCCCGGGUGACCCUUACUCCCCCUACCCGUCUGGGGACGACGUGCCGUUCGGGGCCCCUUUGCGCAUCGAUUUGCUGCACCAGAUCCUUGACCUCCAGACGGACAUUGAGAACCUGGAGGCCAGCCACGGCGGUCAGAAGGUGACCUUGAAGGACAUCUGCCUGGCCCCUCUGGCUCCCUACAACAGCAACUGCACCAUCUUGAGCGUGCUCAACUACUACCAGAACAGCCACGAGGUGCUGGACCACGUGUACAGUCCUGAAUUCUGGGUGGAGGCAGACUACCACACCCACUUCCUCUACUGUGUCAGUUCCCCAGUCUCCCUGAACGACACCAGUAAGCCUCAUGACCCCUGCCUGGGCACCUACGGCGGGCCUGUGUUCCCCUGGCUGGUCCUGGGAGGCUACGACGCCAACAACUACAACAACGCCACAGCUCUGGUCAUCACGUUCCCCGUGAACAACUACCACAACGACUCUGAGAGGGUGGGCAAAGCAAAGGCCUGGGAGAAAGAGUUUAUCCGCUUCAUUCAGAACUACUCCAACCCCAACCUGACCAUCGCCUACAGCUCGGAGCGCAGCAUCGAGGACGAGAUCAACCGAGAGAGCAACAGUGACCUCGGCACCGUGGUGCUCAGCUACGCCAUCAUGUUCCUCUACAUCUCCCUGGCCCUGGGACACAUUCAAAGUUUCCGACGUGUGCUGGUGGACUCCAAGAUCUCGCUGGGCAUCGCGGGCAUCCUGAUCGUGCUGAGCUCCGUGGCCUGCUCCCUGGGCAUCUUCAGCUACGCCGGCGUGCCGCUCACCCUCAUCGUCAUCGAGGUCAUCCCCUUCCUCGUGCUCGCCGUCGGCGUGGACAACAUCUUCAUCAUCGUGCAGACGUACCAGAGGGAUGAGCGCAUGCCGCAGGAGGAGCUGCACCAGCAGAUCGGCCGCAUCCUGGGAGAGGUGGCCCCCAGCAUGCUCCUCUCCUCCUUCUCUGAGGCCGUGGCCUUCUUCCUGGGGGCCCUCUCCAGCAUGCCAGCAGUGCGCACCUUCUCCCUGUUCGCCGGCCUGGCCAUCCUCAUCGACUUCCUGCUGCAGAUCAGCUGCUUCGUCAGUCUGCUGGGCCUGGACGUGAAGAGACAGGAGAGUAACCGCCUGGACAUUUUGUGCUGCGUGAAGCUGCCUGAGGGGCAGGAGCAGCGCACCGACAGCAUUCUCUUCCGCUUCUUCAAGAAGGUCUACGCUCCCUUCGUCCUCAAGGAGUGGGUGCGCCCCCUGGUGGUGGCUCUGUUUGUGGGCAUCCUCUCCUUCAGCGUAGCGGCGAUUAAUAAAGUUGAAGUGGGAUUGGAUCAGACCCUCUCCAUGCCUGACGACUCCUAUGUGUUGGACUACUUUGGCAACCUGACAGAGUACCUGCACACGGGCGCCCCUGUGUACUUUGUGGUGGAGGAGGGCCAUGACUACCGCACCAGUGCGGGGCAGAACAGUGUGUGUGGCGGGGUGGGCUGCAACAACGACUCCCUGGUCCAGCAGGUCUACACCGCCUCCCUCAUCAGCAACUACACAAAGAUAGGCUUCACGCCGUCCUCCUGGCUGGAUGACUACUUUGAUUGGGUGAAGCCACAGUCCAGCUGCUGCAGGUAUAACAACUCCACGGGGGCCUUCUGCAACGCCUCAGUGGUGGAGCAGCAGUGUGUGCCCUGCAGGCCCAUGACGCCUUCUGGCAAACAGAGACCCACUGCAGACGACUUCAUGAGGUUCCUGCCCAUGUUCCUGUCCGACAACCCCAACGUCAACUGUGGGAAAGGUGGUCAUGCAGCCUAUGGCACCGCAGUGGAUCUGACUGGCAAUGCCACUAACGUGGGCGCCACCUACUUCAUGACCUACCACACCAUCCUGACCACCUCCCCAGACUUCAUCAGCGCCAUGAAGAUGGCCCGCGUCCUGGCCGACAACAUCACCCGCACCAUGGGCCUGGAGGGCAAGGGCUACAGAGUGUUCCCCUACAGCGUGUUCUACGUGUUCUACGAGCAGUACCUCACCAUCAUCUACGACACGGCCCUCAGCCUGUGCGUGUCGCUGGCGUCCAUCUUCGUGGUGUCCACGGUGCUGCUGGGCUUCGAGCUCUGGUCGGCCGUGCUGGUGUGCCUCACCAUCGCCAUGAUCCUGGUCAACAUGUUCGGGGUCAUGUGGCUGUGGGGCAUCAGCCUCAACGCCGUCUCCCUGGUCAACCUGGUCAUGUGCUGUGGCAUCUCGGUGGAGUUCUGCAGUCACAUAGUGCGGGCUUUCUCCAUCAGCACCAAGAGCACACGGGUGGAGCGGGCCGAGGAGGCGCUGGCCAACAUGGGCAGCUCGGUGUUCAGUGGCAUCACGCUGACUAAGUUCGGCGGCAUCCUGAUCCUGGCUCUGUCCAAGUCCCAGAUCUUCCAGGUGUUCUACUUCCGCAUGUACCUGGCCAUGGUGCUGCUGGGGGCCAGUCACGGCCUCCUCUUCCUGCCUGUGCUGCUAAGCUACGCAGGUCCAACCGCAAAUAAAGCGAAAGUCAUGGCCGCACAGAAACGGGUCGUGGGUACAGAGAGGGAACGACUACUUAACUUCUAACAGCCGUGGGCAGAACACUAACCUGACAUAAGACUUGAGACUACAGCAUUGGUCCCUGAGUUCUCAUACACACAUACAGAUGCACACGCAUACACACACACACACACACACACACACACACACACACACACACACACACACACACACACACAGACACACAAAAUCUGUUACUCUGUAAAGCCGCCACUAAUGAGUGGGAAGUCGUUUACGAGUAACAGGGAUUCUGUCUGACCAUGUUGGGCAUUUUCUGGUUUGCACGUUUACCCCCUCACCUCCCUGGAUCCUAACAAGGGGGACUUACUAAAGGCAUCCUUACCAAGCAAGAGGAGGUGCUCCUGCCUGAACUGGCAAUACAUGCUUUGGGAAAUGAAGAAAGAAGACAAAAGAUAUCAACUAACUAUGUUUUAGGCUAACAGUGUUUUUGUUUUGAAGAACGGGAAAUGGGUAUAUGACCUACACUUAUAAUCUUUCAUUUCUUUUUGUAUUUAUCUGAGAAUUUCUUUUUUUUAUAUGUGACAUUCAAUGCAGAAGAAACGUGUAAAAACCAAGAAUUCAUCGUGAACAAUCAAAAUCAGAGUGAAGUACCCUUUAUAGCGCAGGGUGACACUUGGUGUGUUCCUCAUCAUUAAGAGUAAGCCAUUGGAUUGUCAUGCCUUUCAGUGGCUAAACCAUUUCAGGCUCUUAAUGGUUAAUCUGAAGUGGUGUGUGUGUUUUGUUUUUUUUUCGUUUUUUUUUUCUGUUUCUUCAUCUGGGUUCUGACUUGAAUGCAAUGAUGUGUUCAAUUAGCAUAAUGUACGUCGGGCAAAAUACUCAGUGGGGUUGGAUGUACGUGUGAGUUUGAUUCAACUGUGGUUACAUUCCAGGAAAACCACCCUUCAGUUGAGGCAAAUCAGAGUAAUACAGCAUGAGAUUACUGGAAGGCGAUGGGGUUAACCCACUCAGAGUUGACUUAAGGCUGUACCGACACAACUAGCAUAGCUGUUCAGUUGCUUCACUCACUCAGUCACUGUAGGGGUUGGGGUACUAGUCUUUGUGUGUUUUAAGACCUUACUGGACCGUUCAUGUUUUGGUUCAGAUCUUUUCAUUUUAAGAUCAGACAAAAGCACUGUGAGUUGUUAACUUCAGGUGAUUGUGACCCUAUAGCAAAACACUUUGGCCAGAGUGCAGGGACGAUUAAGAUAGUGAAAGGCAGGGAGUAAACCACUCUUGCCAUUGGAUGAUGUCGGCUUAAGGGAGGCAAAGGGGGCCACAUGCCAACUUGUCCUGCCCCAAUCAGUAAUGGGAAUGGGAGUUAAAGUCUUUUUUUUCCCUUUUUUUUUUUUUUUUUUUUAAAGCUACAGUUUCUGGUGGUCCUGAUAGUAACUGGCACCAGUAACUAACCAGCUCAGUUGCUAUUGCAGUGGGCUUAUAUGUAGCAGUCCAAAGGCACAAUGCCUUGGGUCUGAUGGUAGGGGUAGGGUAAUGUUUUAUAACAUCUGGUUUAAAGGUCUUGCAAAGAACCAGUGUGGCACCAAUCUUAAACAAUUAUACAAGGAUGUGCAAGGCAUUUGACACCUAAAGACCUACGUGGCUUUAUGCAGUUGCUUACCUUAAAGCACAGCUCCGAUAUUAAGUGAUGUAUAGAAAAUGUUGAACAUACACAGUAACCGACAAUGCUGAGCAUUGAGAUAUAUUACCAAUUAUAACAUGAUGUGGACGGCCAGGUGUGGAAUGCUUCUCUUUUUAAAUGAACUGAUUUAAAGUUGCAGCAGAACAUGUUUUCAUUUCAGAUGGAUGAUGGUAUUCUAGAUUUGUAUGACUUUUUGUUUUGGAAAUAAACUUUUACUAAUUUGUAA